AUGUCUAAUGACACGGCGUCAAGUUCAACAUCUCCACCUAGUACAGUCAAAAGAAUAGCAACUAAGUAUUUUUUAUCAUGUUCCGCUGCGCUCGUUGCCGAAACUGUGACUUAUCCGUUAGAUAUAACGAAGACGAGAUUGCAAAUUGCGAAAAAUAAAUUAACCAAGGGAGGCAUGGUGCAAGUAACAUGCGAUAUUAUUCGGCGAGAAGGCGCAAUGGCACUUUGGACAGGUGUCGCACCAGCAAUAACCCGGCAUUACAUUUAUACUGGAAUACGAAUGGGAACUUAUGAGCAAAUUCGAACAAUGACAUUCAAUAAAGAGGUAGAAAAAUCGUUUCCUUUGUGGAAAUCAAUGCUUUGUGGUGCUUUUUCUGGACUUAUCGCUCAGUUUGCUGCUAGUCCAACCGAUUUAGUCAAAGUUCAAAUGCAAAUGGAGGGUCUUCGACGUCUUCAAAACCAGCCUCUUCGAUACACUGGAGCGUUUCACUGUUUCUCGUCGCUUUACAAAACACAAGGAUUCUUUGGAUUAUGGAUUGGAUGGGUUCCUAAUUGUCAACGUGCUGCUUUGUUGAAUAUGGCGGACAUCGCCACAUACGAUAAUGUAAAACACGGAUUGAUAAAUAAAUUAGAUCUGAAGGAUAAUUGGCUCGUUCAUGCGGUUGCGAGUUCGUGUGCUGGCCUCGCGGCAGCGAUUGUCUCUCUUCCGUCUGAUGUUGUCAAAACACGAAUGAUGGAUCAGAUCCGACACGAACUAGAUGCCAAAAUGAUGCACAAAAAGAAUACACAUGCAGAGUUGUACAGCGGCGUCGUCGAUUGCUAUAUAAAAAUAAUCAGAAAUGAAGGAUUCUUUUCACUUUACAAAGGAUUUCUUCCAUCAUACAUUCGUAUGGCACCUUGGUCGUUAACAUUUUGGGUCUCAAUGAGGCUACUGUCUUCAAACAUCGCUGUUUGGGCAACAUCGAGUCGCCGUCUUUCUUCUUACUAUGAUACAGUAAUUGUUGGCGGUGGGAUGGUUGGAAAUGCAAUGGCGUGCUUAUUAGGGUCAAAUAAGGCAUUUCAGUCGAAGAGUGUUCUCCUUCUAGAUUCAGGAAAUGCACCGAGUGUUGAAAAAUUCAAAGACCCCAACGUUUUUAUGAAUCGAGUUGUUGCCACAAGUCCGUUGUCAAUUAGUAUAUUCAAAAGAUUAGGUGUUUGGGAUCGAAUCACAGGAAUUCGCGCUAAAAGAGUCAAUCGGUUAUAUGUCUACGAAAGUUGCUCAACCUCAGAAAUCGAGUUCAAAAGUCCUGGAAGCGAAGAAGUUGCAUACGUCAUUGAGAACGAUGUUAUUGUUGCAGCAUUAUACGAAAAAUUGCAUAAUUUCAAGAACCUUGAAGUCAGGUCACUUGCGAAAGUCAAAAAUUGCAGAAUUCCCACCUCUUUGGAAAAUUUAGCAACGGUGACUUUGGACAAUGGGGAUGUCAUUGAAACGGCUUUGUUGAUUGGUGCCGAUGGCGUCAACUCACGUGUCCGAGAAGCUUCUAAUCUAGACUACACCUCAUUCAGUUACAACCAGCAUGGACUUGUUGGAAUUGUGAAAAUCGAAGCGCAUGAUGGUAAAAAUGAGACAGGGUGGCAGAGGUUCACAAAUCUAGGAACAAUUGCUUUGAUUCCGAUUUCUGAUGAUACCUCCGGUUUGACAUGGUCUACUUCACCAGAAGAAGCAAAGCGAUUAUGCGCCUUGCCUGAUGACCAAUUUGUUGAUGAGCUUAACCGUGUUUUGUUAAACCAAGAUGAUCAGAAUGCGUUAAUCAAUCAAGCACUGUUUGCUGUUGGUCGUCUCAAUCCGUUUGCAAGUGAUUCAUUUGUCCGCAAAGCGGAAGGAACUGUUCCACCUCAGGUUUUGCAAGUGCAACCGAAAUCUCGUGCUUCGUUCCCUUUAGGAUUCGGAAAUGCACACAGUUACAUUACAACCCGAUGUGCUCUUAUUGGAGAUGCGGCGCAUCGCAUGCAUCCGCUUGCAGGGCAGGGCGUUAAUCUUGGAUGGAGUGAUGUUGAAAUUCUUGGAGAUGUUCUAGAAAAUGCUGUACGUGACGGCGCUGAUAUUGGUGGCAUCACAUACCUGAGAGAAUACGAUUCAAAAGCUCAAAAGCACAAUGUUCCAAUUAUGUUUUCCGUCGAUUUGUUAAAUCGUCUUUACCGCACUGAUGCCCCGGUCAUUGUUGCUGCACGUUCAUUUGGUCUCAACGCAUUCAACAACUUCCCACCAAUCAAGAAUUUCGUUUUCGAUUCGUCUACUGUUUCUUCGGUCUUCAUCCUCGUUCCUUCAAGUCGUCCUCCGAUCAGCCUCCCCCUUCUUCGGUCUUCUUCCUCAUCGUUCCUCAAGAUGAUCAACGUCGCCUACCAGCCCAGUGAUUGUCGUCGCUUCAAGUCGUCCUCCGAUCAGCUUACUCCUUCUUCGGUCUUCAUCCUCGUCGCUUCAAGUCGUCCUCCGAUCAGCCUACCCCUUCUUCGGUCUUCAUCCUCGUCGCUUCAAGUCGUCCUCCGAUCAGCAUUCCUCUUCUUCGUGAUUGUUGUCGCUUCAAGUCGUCCUCCGAUCAGCUUACUCCUUCUUCGGUCUUCAUCCUCGUCGCUUCAAGUCGUCCUCCGAUCAGCCUCCCCCUUCUUCGGUCUUCAUCCUCGUCGCUUCAAGUCGUCCUCCGAUCAGCAUUCCUCUUCUUCGGUCUUCAUCCUCGUCGCUUCAAGUCGUCCUCCGAUCAGCCUCCCCCUUCUUCGGUCUUCUUCCUCGUCGUUCCUCAAGAUGAUCAACGUCGCCUACCAGCCCAGUGAUUGUCGUCGCUUCAAGUCGUCCUCCGAUCAGCUUACUCCUUCUUCGGUCUUCAUCCUCGUCGCUUCAAGUCGUCCUCCGAUCAGCCUACCCCUUCUUCGGUCUUCAUCCUCGUCGCUUCAAGUCGUCCUCCGAUCAGCAUUCCUCUUCUUCGGUCUUCAUCCUCGUCGCUUCAAGUCGUCCUCCGAUCAGCCUCCCCCUUCUUCGGUCUUCUUCCUCGUCGUUCCUCAAGAUGAUCAACCUUACUCCUUCUUCGGUCUUCAUCCUCGUCGCUUCAAGUCGUCCUCCGAUCAGCUUACUCCUUCUUCGGUCUUCAUCCUCGUCGCUUCAAGUCGUCCUCCGAUCAGCCUCCCCCUUCUUCGGUCUUCUUCCUCGUCGUUCCUCAAGAUGAUCAACGUCGCCUACCAGCCUAGUGAUUGUCGUCGCUUCAAGUCGUCCUCCGAUCAGCUUACUCCUUCUUCGGUCUUCAUCCUCGUCGCUUCAAUCGUCCUCCGAUCAGCUUACUCCUUCUUCGGUCUUCAUCCUCGUCGCUUCAAGUCGUCCUCCGAUCAGCCUACCCCUUCUUCGGUCUUCAUCCUCGUCGCUUCAAGUCGUCCUCCGAUCAGCAUUCCUCUUCUUCGGUCUUCAUCCUCGUCGUUCCUCAAGAUGAUCAACGUCGCCUACCAGCCUAGUGAUUGUUGUCGCUUCAAGUCGUCCUCCGAUCAGCUUACUCCUUCUUCGGUCUUCAUCCUCGUCGCUUCAAGUCGUCCUCCGAUCAGCCUCCCCCUUCUUCGGUCUUCAUCCUCGUCGCUUCAAGUCGUCCUCCGAUCAGCAUUCCUCUUCUUCGGUCUUCAUCCUCGUCGCUUCAACCCAGUGAUUGUCGUCGCUUCAAGUCGUCCUCCGAUCAGCUUACUCCUUCUUCGGUCUUCAUCCUCGUCGCUUCAAGUCGUCCUCCGAUCAGCCUACCCCUUCUUCGGUCUUCAUCCUCGUCGCUUCAAGUCGUCCUCCGAUCAGCAUUCCUCUUCUUCGGUCUUCAUCCUCGUCGCUUCAAGUCGUCCUCCGAUCAGCCUCCCCCUUCUUCGGUCUUCUUCCUCGUCGUUCCUCAAGAUGAUCAACGUCGCCUACCAGCCUAGUGAUUGUUGUCGCUUCAAGUCGUCCUCCGAUCAGCUUACUCCUUCUUCGGUCUUCAUCCUCGUCGCUUCAAGUCGUCCUCCGAUCAGCCUCACCCUUCUUCUUUCUUCUUCCUCGUCGUUCCUCAAGAUGAUCAACGUCGCCUACCAGCCUAGUGAUUGUUGUCGCUUCAAGUCGUCCUCCGAUCAGCUUACUCCUUCUUCGGUCUUCAUCCUCGUCGCUUCAAGUCGUCCUCCGAUCAGCAUUCCUCUUCUUCGGUCUUCAUCCUCGUCGCUUCAAGUCGUCCUCCGAUCAGCUUACUCCUUCUCCUGUCUUCUUCCUCGUCGCUUCAAGUCGUCCUCCGAUCAGCCUACUCCUUCUUCGGUCUUCAUCUUCGUCGCUUCAAGUCGUCCUCCGAUCAGCCUACUCCUUCUUCGGUCUUUAUCCUCGUCGCUUCAAGUCGUCCUCCGAUCAGCCUACUCCUUCUUCGGUCUUCUUCCUCGUCGCUUCAAGUCGUCCUCCGAUCAGCCUACCCCUUCUUCGGUCUUCUUCCUCGUCGCUUUAAGUCGUCCUCCGAUCAGCCUACUCCUUCUUCGGUCUUCUUCCUCGUCGCUUCAAGUCGUCCUCCGAUCAGCCUACUCCUUCUUCGGUCUUUAUCCUCGUCGCUUCAAGUCGUCCUCCGAUCAGCCUACUCCUUCUUCGGUCUUCUUCCUCGUCGCUUCAAGUCGUCCUCCGAUCAGCUUACUCCUUCUUCGGUCUUCAUCCUCGUCGCUUCAAGUCGUCCUCCGAUCAGCCUACUCCUUUCUCGUCGUCCUCCGAUCUGCUUACUCCUUCUUCGGUCUUCAUCCUCGUCGCUUCAAGUCGUCCUCCGAUCAGCAUUCCUCUUCUUCGGUCUUCAUCCUCGUCGCUUCAAGUCGUCCUCCGAUCAGCCUUCCCCUUCUUCUGUCUUCUUCCUCGUCGUUCCUCAAGAUGAUCAACGUCGCCUACCAGCCCAGUGAUUGUCGUCGCUUCAAGUCGUCCUCCGAUCAGCUUACUCCUUCUCCUGUCUUCUUCCUCGUCGCUUCAAGUCGUCCUCCGAUCAGCCUACUCCUUCUUCGGUCUUCAUCCUCGUCGCUUCAAGUCGUCCUCCGAUCAGCCUACUCCUUCUUCGGUCUUCUUCCUCGUCGCUUCAAGUCGUCCUCCGAUCAGCCUACUCCUUCUUCGGUCUUCUUCCUCGUCGCUUCAAGUCGUCCUCCGAUCAGCCUACUCCUUCUUCGGUCUUCUUCCUCGUCGCUUCAAGUCGUCCUCCGAUCAGCCUACUCCUUCUUCGGUCUUUAUCCUCGUCGCUUCAAGUCGUCCUCCGAUCAGCCUACUCCUUCUUCGGUCUUCUUCCUCGUCGCUUCAAGUCGUCCUCCGAUCAGCUUACUCCUUCUUCGGUCUUCAUCCUCGUCGCUUCAAGUCGUCCUCCGAUCAGCCUACUCCUUUUUCGUCGUCCUCCGAUCUGCUUACUCCUUCUUCGGUCUUCAUCCUCGUCGCUUCAAGUCGUCCUCCGAUCAGCAUUCCUCUUCUUCGGUCUUCAUCCUCGUCGCUUCAAGUCGUCCUCCGAUCAGCCUUCCCCUUCUUCUGUCUUCUUCCUCGUCGUUCCUCAAGAUGAUCAACGUCGCCUACCAGCCCAGUGAUUGUCGUCGCUUCAAGUCGUCCUCCGAUCAGCUUACUCCUUCUCCUGUCUUCUUCCUCGUCGCUUCAAGUCGUCCUCCGAUCAGCCUACUCCUUCUUCGGUCUUCAUCCUCGUCGCUUCAAGUCGUCCUCCAUCCCUCCGAUCAGCCUACUCCUUCUUCGGUCUUCUUCCUCGUCGCUUCAAGUCGUCCUCCGAUCAGCCUACUCCUUCUUCGGUCUUCUUCCUCGUCGCUUCAAGUCGUCCUCCGAUCAGCCUACUCCUUCUUCGGUCUUCUUCCUCGUCGCUUCAAGUCGUCCUCCGAUCAGCCUACUCCUUCUUCGGUCUUCUUCCUCGUCGCUUCAAGUCGUCCUCCGAUCAGCCUACUCCUUCUUCGGUCUUCUUCCUCGUCGCUUCAAGUCGUCCUCCGAUCAGCCUACUCCUUCUUCGGUCUUUAUCCUCGUCGCUUCAAGUCGUCCUCCGAUCAGCCUACUCCUUCUUCGGUCUUCUUCCUCGUCGCUUCAAGUCGUCCUCCGAUCAGCUUACUCCUUCUUCGGUCUUCAUCCUCGUCGCUUCAAGUCGUCCUCCGAUCAGCCUACUCCUUCUUCGGUCUUCAUCCUCGUCGCUUCAAGUCGUCCUCCGAUCAGCAUUCCUCUUCUUCGGUCUUCAUCCUCGUCGCUUCAAGUCGUCCUCCGAUCAGCCUUCCCCUUCUUCUGUCUUCUUCCUCGUCGUUCCUCAAGAUGAUCAACGUCGCCUACCAGCCCAGUGAUUGUCGUCGCUUCAAGUCGUCCUCCGAUCAGCUUACUCCUUCUCCUGUCUUCUUCCUCGUCGCUUCAAGUCGUCCUCCGAUCAGCCUACUCCUUCUUCGGUCUUCUUCCUCGUCGUUCCUCAAGAUGAUCAACGUCGCCUACCAGCCUAGUGAUUGUUGUCGCUUCAAGUCGUCCUCCGAUCAGCUUACUCCUUCUCCUGUCUUCUUCCUCGUCGCUUCAAGUCGUCCUCCGAUCAGCCUACUCCUUCUUCGGUCUUUAUCCUCGUCGCUUCAAGUCGUCCUCCGAUCAGCCUACUCCUUCUUCGGUCUUUAUCCUCGUCGCUUCAAGUCGUCCUCCGAUCAGCUUACUCCUUCUCCUGUCUUCUUCCUCGUCGCUUCAAGUCGUCCUCCGAUCAGCUUACUCCUUCUUCGGUCUUCAUCCUCGUCGCUUCAAGUCGUCCUCCGAUCAGCCUACUCCUUCUUCGGUCUUUAUCCUCGUCGCUUCAAGUCGUCCUCCGAUCAGCCUACCCCUUCUUCGGUCUUCAUCCUCGUCGCUUCAAGUCGUCCUCCGAUCAGCCUACCCCUUCUUCGGUCUUCAUCCUCGUCGCUUCAAGUCGUCCUCCGAUCAGCCUACCCCUUCUUCGGUCUUCAUCCUCGUCGCUUCAAGUCGUCCUCCGAUCAGCAUUCCUCUUCUUCGGUCUUCAUCCUCGUCGCUUCAAGUCGUCCUCCGAUCAGCGUCCCCCUUCUUCUGUCUUCUUCCUCGUCGUUCCUCAAGAUGAUCAACGUCGCCUACCAGCCCAGUGAUUGUCGUCGCUUCAAGUCGUCCUCCGAUCAGCCUACCCCUUCUUCGGUCUUCAUCCUCGUCGCUUCAAGUCGUCCUCCGAUCAGCCUACCCCUUCUUCGGUCUUCAUCCUCGUCGCUUCAAGUCGUCCUCCGAUCAGCCUUCCCCUUCUUCUGUCUUCUUCCUCGUCGCUUCAAGUCGUCCUCCGAUCAGCCUUCCCCUUCUUCUGUCUUCUUCCUCGUCGUUCCUCAAGAUGAUCAACGUCGCCUACCAGCCCACCUAGUGAUUGUUGUCGCUUCAAGUCGUCCUCCGAUCAGCCUACUCCUUCUUCGGUCUUCAUCCUCGUCGCUUCAAGUCGUCCUCCGAUCAGCAUUCCUCUUCUUCGGUCUUCAUCGUCGUCGCUUCAAGUCGUCCUCCGAUCGGCAUUCCUCUUCUUCGGUCUUCAUCGUCGUCGCUUCAAGUCGUCCUCCGAUCAGCUUACUCCUUCUCCUGUCUUCUUCCUCGUCGCUUCAAGUCGUCCUCCGAUCAGCCUACUCCUUCUUCGGUCUUCAUCCUCGUCGCUUCAAGUCGUCCUCCGAUCAGCAUUCCUCUUCUUCGGUCUUCAUCCUCGUCGCUUCAAGUCGUCCUCCGAUCAGCCUUCCCCUUCUUCUGUCUUCUUCCUCGUCGUUCCUCAAGAUGAUCAACGUCGCCUACCAGCCCAGUGAUUGUCGUCGCUUCAAGUCGUCCUCCGAUCAGCUUACUCCUUCUCCUGUCUUCUUCCUCGUCGCUUCAAGUCGUCCUCCGAUCAGCCUACUCCUUCUUCGGUCUUCUUCCUCGUCGUUCCUCAAGAUGAUCAACGUCGCCUACCAGCCUAGUGAUUGUUGUCGCUUCAAGUCGUCCUCCGAUCAGCUUACUCCUUCUCCUGUCUUCUUCCUCGUCGCUUCAAGUCGUCCUCCGAUCAGCCUACUCCUUCUUCGGUCUUUAUCCUCGUCGCUUCAAGUCGUCCUCCGAUCAGCCUACUCCUUCUUCGGUCUUUAUCCUCGUCGCUUCAAGUCGUCCUCCGAUCAGCUUACUCCUUCUCCUGUCUUCUUCCUCGUCGCUUCAAGUCGUCCUCCGAUCAGCCUACUCCUUCUUCGGUCUUUAUCCUCGUCGCUUCAAGUCGUCCUCCGAUCAGCUUACUCCUUCUUCGGUCUUCAUCCUCGUCGCUUCAAGUCGUCCUCCGAUCAGCCUACUCCUUCUUCGGUCUUUAUCCUCGUCGCUUCAAGUCGUCCUCCGAUCAGCCUACCCCUUCUUCGGUCUUCAUCCUCGUCGCUUCAAGUCGUCCUCCGAUCAGCCUACCCCUUCUUCGGUCUUCAUCCUCGUCGCUUCAAGUCGUCCUCCGAUCAGCCUACCCCUUCUUCGGUCUUCAUCCUCGUCGCUUCAAGUCGUCCUCCGAUCAGCAUUCCUCUUCUUCGGUCUUCAUCCUCGUCGCUUCAAGUCGUCCUCCGAUCAGCCCCAGUGAUUGUCGUCGCUUCAAGUCGUCCUCCGAUCAGCCUACCCCUUCUUCGGUCUUCAUCCUCGUCGCUUCAAGUCGUCCUCCGAUCAGCCUACCCCUUCUUCGGUCUUCAUCCUCGUCGCUUCAAGUCGUCCUCCGAUCAGCCUUCCCCUUCUUCUGUCUUCUUCCUCGUCGCUUCAAGUCGUCCUCCGAUCAGCCUUCCCCUUCUUCUGUCUUCUUCCUCGUCGUUCCUCAAGAUGAUCAACGUCGCCUACCAGCCCAGUGAUUGUCGUCGCUUCAAGUCGUCCUCCGAUCAGCUUACUCCUUCUCCUGUCUUCUUCCUCGUCGCUUCAAGUCGUCCUCCGAUCAGCCUACUCCUUCUUCGGUCUUCUUCCUCGUCGUUCCUCAAGAUGAUCAACGUCGCCUACCAGCCUAGUGAUUGUUGUCGCUUCAAGUCGUCCUCCGAUCAGCCUACUCCUUCUUCGGUCUUCAUUCUCGUCGCUUCAAGUCGUCCUCCGAUCAGCAUUCCUCUUCUUCGGUCUUCAUCGUCGUCGCUUCAAGUCGUCCUCCGAUCAGCAUUCCUCUUCUUCGGUCUUCAUCGUCGUCGCUUCAAGUCGUCCUCCGAUCAGCUUACUCCUUCUCCUGUCUUCUUCCUCGUCGCUUCAAGUCGUCCUCCGAUCAGCCUACUCCUUCUUCGGUCUUCUUCCUCGUCGUUCCUCAAGAUGAUCAACGUCGCCUACCAGCCUAGUGAUUGUCGUCGCUUCAAGUCGUCCCCCGAUCAGCCUACUCCUUCUUCGGUCUUUAUCCUCGUCGCUUCAAGUCGUCCUCCGAUCAGCUUACUCCUUCUUCGGUCUUCAUCCUCGUCGCUUCAAGUCGUCCUCCGAUCAGCAUUCCUCUUCUUCGGUCUUCAUCCUCGUCGCUUCAAGUCGUCCUCCGAUCAGCCUCCCCCUUCUUCUGUCUUCUUCCUCGUCGUUCCUCAAGAUGAUCAACGUCGCCUACCAGCCUACCUAGUGAUUGUCGUCGCUUCAAGUCUUCCCCCGAUCAGCCUACUCCUUCUUCGAUCUUUAUCCUCGUCGCUUCAAGUCGUCCUCCGAUCAGCUUACUCCUUCUUCGGUCUUCAUCCUCGUCGCUUCAAGUCGUCCUCCGAUCAGCAUUCCUCUUCUUCGGUCUUCAUCCUCGUCGCUUCAAGUCGUCCUCCGAUCAGCCUCCCCCUUCUUCGGUCUUCUUCCUCGUCGUUCCUCAAGAUGAUCAACGUCGCCUACCAGCCUAGUGAUUGUCGUCGCUUUAAGUCGUCCUCCGAUCAGCAUUCCUCUUCUUCGGUCUUCAUCGUCGUCGCUUCAAGUCGUCCUCCGAUCAGCCUCCCCCUUCUUCGGUCUUCUUCCUCGUCGUUCCUCAAGAUGAUCAACGUCGCCUACCAGCCUAGUGAUUGUUGUCGCUUCAAGUCGUCCUCCGAUCAGCUUACUCCUUCUUCGGUCUUCAUCCUCGUCGCUUCAAGUCGUCCUCCGAUCAGCCUCCCCCUUCUUCUGUCUUCUUCCUCGUCGUUCCUCAAGAUGAUCAACGUCGCCUACCAGCCUAGUGAUUGUUGUCGCUUCAAGUCGUCCUCCGAUCAGCCUACUCCUUCUUCGGUCUUCAUCCUCGUCGCUUCAAGUCGUCCUCCGAUCAGCUUACUCCUUCUUCGGUCUUCAUCCUCGUCGCUUCAAGUCGUCCUCCGAUCAGCAUUCCUCUUCUUCGGUCUUCAUCCUCGUCGCUUCAAGUCGUCCUCCGAUCAGCCUUCCCCUUCUUCUGUCUUCUUCCUCGUCGUUCCUCAAGAUGAUCAACCCUACUCCUUCUUCGGUCUUCAUCCUCGUCGCUUCAAGUCGUCCUCCGAUCAGCAUUCCUCUUCUUCGGUCUUCAUCGUCGUCGCUUCAAGUCGUCCUCCGAUCAGCCUCCCCCUUCUUCGGUCUUCUUCCUCGUCGUUCCUCAAGAUGAUCAACGUCGCCUACCAGCCUAGUGAUUGUUGUCGCUUCAAGUCGUCCUCCGAUCAGCUUACUCCUUCUUCGGUCUUCAUCCUCGUCGCUUCAAGUCGUCCUCCGAUCAGCCUCCCCCUUCUUCUGUCUUCUUCCUCGUCGUUCCUCAAGAUGAUCAACGUCGCCUACCAGCCUACCUACUCCUUCUUCGGUCUUCAUCCUCGUCGCUUCAAGUCGUCCUCCGAUCAGCCUACCCCUUCUUCGGUCUUCAUCCUCGUCGCUUCAAGUCGUCCUCCGAUCAGCCUUCCCCUUCUUCUGUCUUCUUCCUCGUCGUUCCUCAAGAUGAUCAACGUCGCCUACCAGCCUAGUGAUUGUUGUCGCGUCAAGUCGUCCUCCGAUCAGCUUACUCCUUCUUCGGUCUUCAUCCUCGUCGCUUCAAGUCGUCCUCCGAUCAGCGUCCCCCUUCUUCUGUCUUCUUCCUCGUCGUUCCUCAAGAUGAUCAACGUCGCCUACCAGCCUAGUGAUUGUUGUCGCUUCAAGUCGUCCUCCGAUCAGCCUACUCCUUCUUCGGUCUUCAUCCUCGUCGCUUCAAGUCGUCCUCCGAUCAGCCUACCCCUUCUUCGGUCUUCAUCCUCGUCGCUUCAAGUCGUCCUCCGAUCAGCCUUCCCCUUCUUCUGUCUUCUUCCUCGUCUCGUCCUCCGAUCAGCCUACUCCUUCUUCGGUCUUCAUCCUCGUCGCUUCAAGUCGUCCUCCGAUCAGCAUUCCUCUUCUUCGGUCUUCAUCGUCGUCGCUUCAAGUCGUCCUCCGAUCAGCCUCCCCCUUCUUCGGUCUUCUUCCUCGUCGUUCCUCAAGAUGAUCAACGUCGCCUACCAGCCUAGUGAUUGUUGUCGCUUCAAGUCGUCCUCCGAUCAGCUUACUCCUUCUUCGGUCUUCAUCCUCGUCGCUUCAAGUCGUCCUCCGAUCAGCCUCCCCCUUCUUCUGUCUUCUUCCUCGUCGUUCCUCAAGAUGAUCAACGUCGCCUACCAGCCUAGUGAUUGUUGUCGCUUCAAGUCGUCCUCCGAUCAGCCUACUCCUUCUUCGGUCUUCAUCCUCGUCGCUUCAAGUCGUCCUCCGAUCAGCCUACCCCUUCUUCGCCUAGUGAUUGUUGUCGCUUCAAGUCGUCCUCCGAUCAGCCUACUCCUUCUUCGGUCUUCAUCCUCGUCGCUUCAAGUCGUCCUCCGAUCAGCCUACCCCUUCUUCGGUCUUCAUCCUCGUCGCUUCAAGUCGUCCUCCGAUCAGCCUACUCCUUCUUCGGUCUUCAUCCUCGUCGCUUCAAGUCGUCCUCCGAUCAGCCUACUCCUUCUUCGGUCUUCAUCCUCGUCGCUUCAAGUCGUCCUCCGAUCAGCCUACUCCUUCUUCGGUCUUCAUCCUCGUCGCUUCAAGUCGUCCUCCGAUCAGCAUUCCUCUUCUUCGGUCUUCAUCGUCGUCGCUUCAAGUCGUCCUCCGAUCAGCCUCCCCCUUCUUCGGUCUUCUUCCUCGUCGUUCCUCAAGAUGAUCAACGUCGCCUACCAGCCUAGUGAUUGUCGUCGCUUCAAGUCGUCCUCCGAUCAGCUUACUCCUUCUUCGGUCUUCAUCCUCGUCGCUUCAAGUCGUCCUCCGAUCAGCUUACUCCUUCUUCGGUCUUCAUCCUCGUCGCUUCAAGUCGUCCUCCGAUCAGCCUACCCCUUCUUCGGUCUUCAUCCUCGUCGCUUCAAGUCGUCCUCCGAUCAGCAUUCCUCUUCUUCGGUCUUCAUCGUCGUCGCUUCAAGUCGUCCUCCGAUCAGCCUCCCCCUUCUUCGGUCUUCUUCCUCGUCGUUCCUCAAGAUGAUCAACGUCGCCUACCAGCCCAGUGAUUGUCGUCGCUUCAAGUCGUCCUCCGAUCAGCUUACUCCUUCUCCUGUCUUCUUCCUCGUCGCUUCAAGUCGUCCUCCGAUCAGCCUACUCCUUCUUCGGUCUUCAUCCUCGUCGCUUCAAGUCGUCCUCCGAUCAGCCUACUACUUCUUCGGUCUUCUUCCUCGUCGUUCCUCAAGAUGA